AAGGAAGCAAGUCCCACAGGCCUUUCUUUUUUUAUUUUUGUUUAACACCGUUGUGACUGCUUCAAGGAACAGGCAGGAUUCCUGAGAGCAUAGCAGCAGAUAAGAUUUUUCUUCAGGCAACAAUGUCAACAGAAAACCCUGCAGACCUGGUUAACACUAACAAGGAACAGUCUUUCCUUCCUCCAGUUCCAGUGAUGCCUGGUAACAGAGCGACUUUUCUAGAAGAUCGAUUAUCAAGUCAGGAGAGAACCACAGCUCUUCUCCUAGAUCAGGCCUUUCGAAUCAAAGAUGACAUUGUUUCGUACCUUCAUGGAAGUAAGAACUAUCAACAAGGGGAGGCAACUGCACGGCAACUACUGGAAAAUCAUAUACAGACCAUUACAAGCAUAGUUAAGAAGCUCAGUCAUGAUAUUGAGAUUUUGGAAAAACAAAUAAGAACCAGAGAUCAUACCACUACAGGAACUAAUUUUGCUGUUCAAAGUCUGGACUGUAAGUAUCUGCAAGGAUUUGGGGACUUGCGUGGAAGGGUGGCUAGGUGUGAUGCAAGUAUUGCGAAACUAUCAGGGGAUCUAAAUAUCAUCAGGCAUGAGAUCCAGAAGAUAGAGAACGAUAUCUAUAGCCUCCGUUCUGCUAUGGAAAGCUAUGUCAGUGGUUUUGAGAAGAAGGUAAUGCAGCUUUUAGGCAAGAUAGAGACUUCCAGCUCUGAGCAAAGCUCAAAUCUAAAGACAGUCCAGGGAAAUCAUCACCAUGAAUUGCAACUUCUGGAUUUCAGGAUGAAUAGUCUUCUAAAUAAAUUAAAGGAUCAAGCUCAGAAUCAGCGAAAGUGGAUAGAAACCCUAUUGAGCAGAUCUGAACAAGAACAAGUCAACCAAACAAAUCAGCUACUUAAUGCAAUGAAGGAGAGACUGGAAGCAGUAGAAGAGCAAUUGGAAGCAGAUGUUCAUCUUUCCCCAAAGAUAGAAAGGACAGAUAAGUUGCAGCACUAUGAAAAGGAGCAGAGCCCGAUGAAAAAUUAUGCAAAUGAACUGCACGCAAGAAUGUCUAGAUUUGAAAGACGGAUGUGGAAUGAGCUGGUGGAAAUCCAGAAUGAAUAUAGAUCAGGAUUUCAAUCUAUUCAUGAAUCUCUCAAUUCACUGCAACACAUACAGACCACAAAGCUGAAACUAGAAAAACAGAAAAUCCAGAAAGAUAUUAAAAAGAUCCGACAAAAGAUGAUGACUGAACUCGAAGACUGAAGCCUUAUGAAGAUUCAUCUCUCUCCACACAGCAUUGACUUAGGGAUUUUCUUUGUUUCAGUCUUUUAUCUUUAAAAAAUUGCCAUUGUUUCUCCAUGUUGUCCCUAGGACAUUUUUUUCUAUGUUUACAUCAUGUUAUAUGCUGAAAUCUUCAUAAUCUAUUGCAAUACUAAGAAUUGGUGAUUUUCAUGUUGCUUUUAAUGCAUUGAAAGUAGCUGGGUGUGAAGGGAAAAUAAAA